AUGUGCCAUGUGCUGAAGUCGAAUCCGCUGACGUACGGAACGAUUAUCGUGGCCAGCGGUGUCAGUGCCAACGAUGGUGUGAAGAAGUUCGUGUUCGGAAAUAAUGAUCAUCCAGCGGCCUCACCGAAGAACAGGUUUAGCUCACCGGACAUCCCGAAGAACGCGCUUCGCCAGGUUCGAUACUGCACAGCGAAGCUUCAGUCCUCUGGAAGUGUCCUCAACGCGAAGGUUAAAAUGUUUUUACGCCUGUUGAUUUGGUGUUGCUUAGUGCUGUGUUACGUCGAGUGCAAUGGUGGGAAACGGCUGAUGUGUUACUUUUCGAGCAAUUCGCCCAAAGGGAGAGGUUAUGGCCGGUACACAGCGAACGAAGUUCCGGUGCAACUGUGCACGGAUGUGAUCUACCGUGGCAUUGGAUUUCCCGAGUGGAAACGAGGAUCUUACGCUUUCAACAGCGAAGAAAUACAACGGCUGGGCGCCUUCAUCUACACGAUUAAGUCCAGAUCGUCAGCGGUGCGCACCCAUGUGACUGUAUUGCAACGAGGCAUAGCAACGCCUUCGUACUCGAUUAUGGCUGAAAUUCCCGAACGGCGCCGUGCAUUCGCCAAGGCCAUACUGGAGCUACUGGAGCAGUAUGGAAUAAAUGGCGUCGAGAUUGCGUGGGAGUGGCCGGGCUCUACGGUUAAAUUUGGCGGUAUCUCGGGUGACCGUGAGUCUCUGAUUUCGCUGCUUACAGAUGUCCGGGCUGGGCUCAAAAGUCGAAAUAAAGAGUUCCUGUUCUUCGGCGCCAUCUAUCCGAAGGUGCUGCGGGAAUCUUAUCGAGUGACCAGCAUCUGCCAGUUGGUAGACUUUGUGACGCUGUUUACAUUUGAUCUGCGUCCACACACGAACAAUGUGGCCGAUGUGCAUUCUCCAAUGCGCAAUCGGUCCUUCGAGACGGAGGCUGAUCGUGCCAAGGCAAAUGUGGUUGAUGGUGUGGAGACCUGGAUUGACUUUGGAUGUCCUCCGAAGAAAUUGAUACUGGGGAUAGGACUGUUUGGACAAGCGCACACCCUAGCCAAUCCAGCGGUGUACAGUGUGGGUGCUCCAACGGUUGGUCCUGGAGCGGAAGGACAGUAUUACUACGAAGGCUACUAUCCGUAUCACGAGCUCUGUCUGCUGAUACGUAGUGGAUGGAACAUAUUUUAUGAUACGGUCGCUCAGAUGCCGUUUGCCGUCCGGGGUAAUCAGUGGAUGAGCUACGAAAACACCAACUCCAUCGGGGUGAAGAUGGACUUCGUUCGGGAGAAGCGGCUCGGAGGUGUAAUACUGCAGCAUGUGGACUAUGACGAUUUUAGGGGUUUCUGUGGCUCGCAGAAUCCACUCACUAACUACAUCUCGCAGCGGUUGAAGCAGAUUCCUUCGGAUAUUGGGUUCGCUAUUGAGUGGAACAAAUAAUGUCUACAUAAACUUAAAAAAUGAAAGCAAAUGUAAGACAUGUUUUUUGAGCCUUGUGUUAAGGAAUAUAAUAUUUGUUUUUACAAGAAUGAUCAAUAAAAUAG